AAGUACAAUUGCAAUUAGAUACAAUGGCUGAUCAAGAAGUUUUAGUUUUAAGAGGUACCUUAGAAGGUCACAACGGUUGGGUUACUUCCCUUGCCACCACCGCUGCUCACCCAGACUUAUUAUUGUCUGGUUCUAGAGACAAGACUUUAAUCAGAUGGAAGUUGACUGGUGGUGAAGACAACCAAUACGGUGUCCCAAAGAAGUCUUUCAAGGGUCACUCCCACAUUGUCCAAGAUGUUACCAUUUCUGCUGACGGUGCUUACGCUUUGUCUGCUUCUUGGGACAGAACCUUGAGAUUAUGGGACUUGGAAACUGGUGAAACCACCGAAAGAUUCGUUGGUCACACUGGUGAUGUCUUAUCCGUCUCUAUCUCCAAGAACUUGAGACAAAUUGUUUCUGCUUCCAGAGAUAAGACCGUUAAGGUUUGGAACACCAUUGGUGAAUGUAUGGCCACUUUAACCGGUCACAAGGACUGGGUUUCCGCUGUUAGAAUUUCUCCAGCUGACAACUCUUCCACUGUUAUCUCUGCUUCUUGGGAUAAGACUGUUAAGUCCUGGGACUUAACUGACUACUCUGUCAACGCUGACUUCAUUGGUCACACCGGUUACAUUUCCUGUAUCACCUUAUCCCCAGAUGGAUCAUUAUGUGCUUCCGCUGGUAAGGACGGUUCCAUCAACUUGUGGGACUUGAACUCAAACAGAACCCUUUACACCUUGGACGCCAAGGCUGAAGUUCACGCUUUAGCUUUCUCUCCAAACAGAUACUGGUUAGCUGCUGCCACCAACACUGGUAUCAAGAUCUUCAAGUUGCAAGAACGUGAAUUAUUGGAUGAAUUGAAGCCAGAAUUCGCCAUUGGUGCCAACGCCAAGGACCCAGAAGCUAUCUCCUUAGCUUGGUCUGCUGACGGUCAAAACUUGUUCGCUGGUUACACUGAUAACGUUAUCAGAGUCUGGCAAGUUAUGACCCCAUCUGCUUAAAUGUAUAAUUAAUUUAAACAAUUUUCUUUUCUUAUAUAUUUUAAUGGUGGAUCAAAUACAUAUAAUACAGUAAAAACUACAACUUAUUCAAACAAAUAAACUUUACCACUGGCACUGCCUCCAACAACCCAAUUUUGACUUGGAUGGAAGGUUGACACAGCGGGAACUGCUCCGACACUUUCAUUCAAUCUAGCCAACAUUUGCCCUUGUUGGUCGUAAAUGUCUAAACCUCGGUUCAUAUUGGCAAUCACGAAUUUUUGAAUUCCAUCAGCUGGAGUAGGUUGCCAUCUGGAUUUAAGAAUAGAUACCCAACGACCAGUUUGACAAUUGUGCCUAAUCUUGGUGAAUGGUGUGAGAUUUUCAGGUAUAGCAGCCUCUUCUUCAUCUUUUUUCACUUUGUAUGAAGGAGUGAAAUCGUCUUUCCAUUCAGUAAUCACAGGUAGGUUCUUGUUCCCAUUGUAAUCAAAAAGACAAAUAUUAUCGUCGUAACCAUUGCACACCAAAUGAUUAUCGCUGUUCCAAUCAACACAAGAGACACUCAAUCUACUUCCAUAACUUCCAUAAGCAUGAGGGGAAUUCUGUUGAUCAAAUUCCGACCAAGUUGAUUUGCCAAUGUUUCUUAAAUCCCAAAUUCGUAAAGUUCUAUCGAGGGAAGCAGUAGCGAUUUGGUAGGAGGCAUUGGGGUUUAUGGCAAAACCUCCGAUUUUCUUGUCGUGAAGACGUAACAAUCCCUUCUUGCUGGUUGAUUUGAAUGGUGUACGGGUGUCAUGUUUGUAGAAAUGUCCUUCAAGGGUAGUCAUGUAUAAAAUGUGGGGAUCGUCUAUGCAAUGAUUUAUAUCGGAAACUCCCAAGGGAUAGUCGGCUUUUUCAUAUGGAUCAUUCAAGUAGGCAACUUCAUUAGUUGAAAGUUUGUGUAAAUCCAAUUCUCGCACACUUCCAUCAUAGGAAGCGGAGUAUAUCUUGGAAGGAGAAUGGGCAGGAGUGAGAAUCUUGGAAAUGUUUCUUCCAUGAGGAUGAAGGAUGGUUAUUGCAGGUAUGGGAUUGGUGUCAUCAACACACCAAAUACCAACAUUACCAAAGGUAUCACCACCAAGAAUUAGCCUGUCCUUGGUAGCUGGAUGGAAAUGCAUUGCGGUGAUUCUUCCAUGAGACAUCUUGAUAUCCAACGGGUCAUGUUUCUUAUAGAUGUGCAAUUUGUCAAACUUUUUCCGUUUUUCUUCAAGCGAUUUAUCCGAUUCGUUCGACCUAAUGAAUUCAUAGAAAUCUCCAGCCGAGAACUUAUCACC